AAAAGAAGAAUCAAAGAAUUGCUUACCGCUUUGAAGGUUAUUUCAAAAUAAUAAUAGAGAAGUGAUAGAGUAUUUGUUUAAUUCUAUUUAAACUCUAAAAUGUCUUCAAGAAAUGUUGAAAUUAAAGCCAAAGUACGUAAUAUAAAUGAUCUUAUCGAACGAGCAAAUUCGUUAAAUCCAGAACGAAGUGAAAUAAUCAAACAAUAUGACACAUUUUACAAUGUUUCACAUGGAAGACUGAAAAUGAGAAAGUUUGAGUUAUGUAUUUUUCAGAAUAAUACUGGAGAAUUAAUUUAUUAUGAUAGACCUGAUACAGAGGGACCAAAAGUAUCUACAUUUAAAAAGGCUUCUAUAAAUGUAUCUAUUGAUGAUUUAACUUCAGUUUUAGAAGAAGCUUUGGGUAUUAAGAAUAUUGUCAGAAAAGUUAGAAAAAUGUUGUUAGUCGGCCAAACUAGAAUCCAUAUUGAUGAUGUAGAAGGAUUAGGACACUUUAUGGAAUUAGAGGUAAUGUUGCAUGAUGAUCAAAGCCCUGAAGAUGGUGAAAACAUUGCAAAUGAGUUGAUGGUGAAAUUAAAUAUUAGUAAGCAGGAUUUGAUUUCUGGUGCCUAUGCUGAUAUGCUGAAAAAAUAAAUUUGUCCAAAGCCAUAUUACAAUAUAUUUUGUAAUCUAUUUCUUUGUAAA